CACAGGGUGUUGUGAUGUUGACUGUGAUGAUGUGAUUACUGACAGGGUUGGCAGCUACACCACUGCUGGUGAUGAGAUCAGGGGUGUAAUCUUUAGUCCAAACAGCUGCAACUAAAAUGAGAGUUUCUAUUGGAUAAAUUCAGGUGGGUCCCCUUUCCAUUUGCUUCUGUUUUUAGAAACGUUUUGCAACAGAAUUGGCCAAAUGAAUAAACCCCAGAGGACUGCUGGUCCAGUUGAGUCUAUUCUCGCCUCUCCUCUGUACGACGACAAGAUCACAUCUUUCAGGUUCUUCACAGUGCGCACCACUGAACAGCUCGAGAUUAAUAGCAAUGAACCAUUUGUUCAGAUGGAGAAGUCUUGCCAGACUGACGUUCAUGCUGCUAUAUUUUCGCAUUGAAGUACUCUGUGCUUCCCAGCAAACAGUCCAGUCUGAGAUUCAGCAGGUGAAAGGCAUCGUGGGACAGUCUUUCUCUUUUCAAGAGAGGGUGAUCAAGUCUGGCAAUUUACUUUAUGGAGAACUUGGCAGUAUUGCAAAUGUGUACCCUGGUAAACGAGGCAAAAUCACCCUUGAGAAGAGAUUUGAAAACCGCCUCCACUUGAACAAUGUUACAAGAUACUUCACUCUGUCAGACCUUCAGAUAGACGAUGCUGGGGUUUAUACUGUGGAGAAUACAGAUGAAGGGAAAAAAACUAAAAUUCAGCUCACUGUAUACAAUGUUGUUUCCAAACCUCAGGUGACAGAGUGUGACAGCAGCUCCUGUAGUGUGGUGUGUUCUGUGGACAAUGAAAAAGAGGUGGCCUUGAUCUUGUACAGGGGAAAGGAAAUACUAAACCAGACCAGCAGUACUGAUCUCAUCACUGAUCUCUCUCUCCGUUUGGAGGUAGAGGGAAAGAACUACAACUCCACCUACAGCUGUGUGGCUUCCAACCCUGUCAGCAAUGAGACAGUUAUUGUCCCAAAAUGUUGCAGUGAACAUGGUCGUGCUAAUGAUGCUGACAGUGGCGAGAGGACUCGGGGUGUGCUUAUUAUUGCUGUAACCUGCGUCUUGCUUGCCUCAGGGCUGGUUGGACUUGCAAUCUAUCGAAAGAAGAGUAGAAAUGGACACUCACAAGGCAGAUUCAUCCGAAAGAGUGCAAGUUGACAUUGAUUAUGCAUCGAUAACUCCUAAAAAACGAAGAGAUAAUCAGGAGGAGCAAACAGAUAUACCAGAAUUGUAGUCGCAUAGAGACAACCCUACUCUGACGUCAGUUUAUGAUACACUCCUGUUGCAUCGCAUGGCUGCCAGCGAGGAUGUUGACACAGCAUGAAGGAGAAAAACAGGAAGUCAAUGGGAGGCUAAAAUGAUAACUCACAUUCUGUAGAGGACAGUAUAUCAUAAAGAGGACGUUGAAACAAAAUGAAAGUAAAAAAAUAUUCAUUCUAACAGCCUUUUAGAGGCACAGUUGUUAUGGGAGAAAAAUCCCCUGGAACUGUUGAGCUGAUAUUAUAAUUUCAGGCUUCCUUUGUAGGUCAUUCUCACAGACCUUCUGUCAAAUAGGGGCCUCGGUUACAUACACUGAUACUGACCAAUUCAAUAACUAUGCAUUGAGUUGUUAGCAUGAUCAGGAUAAUCUGUCUUUUUAAAUGCCUUUUGUCCCAAAUCCCAAUGUAUAAGUUAAAACAAAUGGAACAUGUCUUUUAAUACAAUUCACUGGUGUGUUUUCUAUACUACUGCUGGACCAACGCUUAUUUUCAGUAUUGUCUGUUCUGUUGUUUAAAUGUAGGUGCCUCCCCUGCAUCGUUUUUAUAGCUGGUCAUUGUUUAGCUUGCCAGUGGAUAGCAGCUGUGUACAUCAUAUAAAAAGAGCAGGCGUUUGAGAUAAAGCCACCUACUCCUUAGAAGCAAAGGCUGCUUUAGAAACAAAAGGUCCAAAGAUAAAUGUUUUCCUUUCACUAUGUAUGUUGUAUUGAAACAUUUCUUAGGGGCAGAUCUUGAUUUUCCAUUUGAUAUUGAGUGACAUGUUCCUCUUCUUAUCGCUAUUCACAAAAUGUAGGUCUGGGCUAAAUUGUAGCUCUUAAUUAGCUUGUUUAGUUUAUUAUGAUGGACCAUUUAUUGGUUGUCCUUAUCUAUGAAGCACAUCCUUCCUUAACAAUACAAUCACUCCCUCCUGCAGACUCUGUAGACUCUGUAGACUCUCCUUCUAUCAGAGCAUGUUGUGCUCCACCGACAUUAGUGCAGCCUUUGUAUAUAUCUGUGCGAGCACAGGUUACUGUGACCCGAAAAUACCAAAUCUGUUGAUACCAUAGUGAGUUGUUGCACUGUAGGCGUUGCUAUACUUCUCUAUUUCAGAGUAGUUACUGAGACUGAAUAUGAAGAUAUGAUUCACUUUUCACUGUUUUAAAAUAAUCUAUUGACUUAUUCAAACAGAUGAAAAUAAACAUGUUGUACUGAGCUUCAAUAUGUCAAAUCAAAGACUUACCAAUACAUUUCAUUUAUAGUCAUAAAAUGUGUAUUUCCUGAUGUUUAACAGUCAUCAAUACAUCAAUGCCCAUGCUUGAAAUAUGUUCAUGUUUUACAUACCCUAGCACAACUCAAAAUAUGAUGGUAGAUUACUCCAUUCCCCAUUUAUGUUUUUGUUGUAAACUGUCAUUCCUUGAAUCCAUAGCUGCUUCUAUGAGUUUGAGAGUGGAAAGAUUUCUCCAGAGACAUUUCUCCAGAAACACAACUCCAGAUUGUGGUUUUAAUGUAGCCUACUUCUAGGGUCAAAUAGGAGAGAGAACUGUAAUUGGUUGGUGGAUUCUCUAUUUAGUGAGUUUAAGUGUGUGACCUUUUGUUCUGUCACUUUGCAUGCCAGACAGCUGUACAUUUCAAAUGUAAAAACAAUUAUGACUGUAAACAGUGAAUUACUAACUUUUUAUUUAAGUCCUAUAAUAUUUCCAGCUUUGUUUUGAGAAAACGUUGGCCUUUUCUUCCAAUCCUUUUCUCCCAUCUAGUGGUUGAAUGUUUUUAUACUUCAGUAUACUGUAUACUGUACAUAAUGCACAGUGUUUCGCUCUGAGACAGUGUCCUGUAAAUUGUGUAAGUGUAUCUGAAAUCAUGUGCAACCAAUAUGUUCUCUAACAACCUUUCUGUGCUUUAGACUGUAGUCAUGCAUUUUUGUGCCAAUGUGCCAUACUAUAACAUUAUUGUGAGUAAAAAUUAAAACGUUUGUCAAAUAUGCCAUGUUGAUUUGGUAGCAAAACAUGAGAGCCUCAUUUAUCAUUCUGUGUGUUUAUGUUAUUUAUGUUUAUUUUAAUAUUGUAAUAUUACUGUAUUCUUGUGUUUGUAUUAUUUAUAUGUUGUGGUAGAGUAUAAUAAUGUUAUGUACUGUUUUAUUUUGUAUGUAAUUGCGUAAUCGUGAUUGGAUCCCAGGAAGAGUAUUUAAUAUGGACCUGGAAUAAAUACAAAUAGAAACGUUAUGUAAUAUAACACGAAAUUCAGAUUGCGCAAUAUUGUAAUUUGUUCAACUCCAAUGUUUCGUUACAGGAAAUGAGUAACCUUCCUACAGUGGUUCCUCCUUUACAAAUUGCGAGUUUACACCGCGGGAUUUAGAGCUAUAAAAAAACACACACAUUCGUUUUCAGUCUGUAUCAGCAUGGGCAACGUGUACAUUUAACAGCCAAAACAUGACUCCCACCCUAUAUCCAAGAGCAUGCUGAAUUGAGCCCAACCCUGCUGUGAAUCUCUUCCGGGAGGAAAUCACAAGUGUACCCCAGUCCAACCCCACAGAUUGUGACGUCAGCCUGGCUCAGACUGCGAUGGAGGAUUCUGGCCAACAGGGGGUGACCUUGCCACACACCGAGGGAGAACGUACAGCCGUUACUCAGAGGAGCAAGUCAGUAGGAGGAGUCAGAGAGAAGCUCCAAUCAGAGCUGAGAGGGAGAUACACGUCAUUGUGUGAUGGAACCCCAGCAGGACAAGAGGUGCGGAGCCACUCCCUCACACACUCCUACGUUGAACUCCUCAUCACCGAGGGCAACGUCCAAUGGCACAACGACAGGCAUGCUGCCACGCGACCCGUAAGACCACCAUCAGAUAUGCCCACUGCUAAUGAGGAAGUAACGAUCAAGCUUGACGAUAUCUUCAAACCACCGCUAUCUCCGGAUCGCCCUCAAGUAAAAACCGUCCUGACGAAGGGACCCACAGGCUCAGGGAAGACAGCGAGUGUCCAGAAGUUUGUUUUGAACUGGGCCGAGGACAGAGCCAAUCAGGAUGUCGACUUCUUGUUUGUCUUUCCCUUCAGUGAACUCAAUUGGCUGAUAGGACGGAGCUUCAGUCUGAGUGGCCUCAUCAGCCACUUCCACUCGUCCAUGACAUCGGAGAGCGAGAACCCCGGGCUGGAUCUGAGUCGGUCUAAGGUGGUCUUCAUCUUGGACGGUUUGGACCAAUUUAACCUUCCCCUGGACUUUGAAAGCAUAUCAGUGGAGUCUGACAUCAAUAAGGAGAUGCCUUUGCCCAUCCUCCUAGCGAACCACAUCUGGUGUCAUCUGCUUCUUCCCUCCGCCUACGUCUGGGUGAUCACCAGGCCUGCGGCUGCCAGUUUCAUCCCCAUCGACUUCCUACCCCAACAACAGUGCUUGACGGAGAUACGGGGCUUCGACGACACCCAGAAGAGGGAGUUCUUUAGAAAGAGGUUUGGCGAUCAGAGUCUUGUACACAAAGCUAUCGCCCUAGUCAUGAAAGCUAUUGCCCUAGAGUCAUCACGGAACCUCUGCGUCCUGUGCCAAACACCAUGGUGCUGUGAGAUGUUGGCGGCCAUUUUAGAAAACACUGAGGCGGGAGAGUGUGUCGAGAUAGACACUCUGACGCAACUAUACACUCACUUUUUGCUUGUUCGGAUUGGUUUGAAGAACGAUCGAAAUGGUGAACACUCAGAAUCAAUCAGAGAGGUUGUUCGUAAGCUUGGGAAGCUGGCUUUUCUACAACAGGAAAGAGGAAGCCUCAUAUUCAGUGAGAGCGAUGUGAAGGAAUGCGGAAUCGAUGUCUCUAAAAGUUCCACAUUCCACAGGUUGUGUAGGCCGCUCUUCACAGGGUGUGAGAUGUACCUGGAGGAAAUGUACCGCUUUGCGUACACAGGCAUUCAAGACUACCUAGCUGCCCUGCACGUGUUUCUCACCUACACAAAUAAAAGGAGAAACCUACUACUCCAACCUACUACACUCUUUGAUCGAUUGAAAGGGACGUUCAGAAGAGCAACCCUUUUAGACCUCCACAGAUGCUCCGUGGACAGGGUUUUACGGAACACGCACGGAACUUAUGACCUCUUCCUCUGCUUCCUCCUUGGCCUCUCAACAACACCCAACCAGACUCUCUUAGAUCUAGCAUGUCUAGGGAAAGGUUUAAAGGUCACAGGCUCCAAGGUGAUCACAGAGAUCACGGCGGAAUACAUUAAGCAGGCGAUCAAGUCUGAGCCUUACCCUCAGACCACACUGGCGCUUUUCCGCAGUCUGCGGGAGCUAGGGGACGCCUCGCUGGGCAGGGAGGUCCGACACUACCUGAACUCCGAGUCCCGGUGGGGGUUCCUGCUGGAGCCCGACCAAUGCUGGGAGCUGGCGGACAUGCUUUGGGCAGGCAGGGAGAUGGAGAGGGAAGUGUUUAGGGAGAUGGAACGUUUGAGUUGGAUGCGCCGAAUGAGCAUGUGGGGCUUUUGGAGGAUGCAGACUGUACUGGGGGACAGACACUGGCAAGUCUACUAGAAAGACAUCAUUGCUGUAUGAAUGGUCUACUAGGGAGACAUCACCACAGAUUGUACUGCCACAUCUACUAAAUUGCCACUGCAGAGACUGUUGAGGAAUUUCAAGGUUAGAGAGAUGUAUAGGUACAUUAGGAAGGUAGGUUUGAGUGGUGUUUUUUUGUCGAGAGAAAAAGUGAUUAUUGUAAUCCAUGUUUAUGGAUCUGAGUAGUGGGUAGUAGUGCCCACUGAAAAAUCUUAAAAUCAAUCAAUUAAUCGAUUCUUCAAACAAACUUUAUUUGCUUAGAGCUUUGUACAAACUGACUUGCUGUUCACAUGGCAGAAGUCAUAGCGCAGUUGAGGUUGGUCAUAGUGCCAAUAGACUCCAGGUAGAAGUGCCAUGUCAGAGCUCCUCUCCAUUUGUUUGGUACCUUCUUUACCGCCACCACCCUGAACAGCUCGUAGGGUGGCACCAGCACAUUGAGGCCUGAAGAAGAGCGGCAGUGACGUGAGUGCGAGCGGGGCAGCAGGUGCCCAUGGCACGUCCGGAUGGUCAGGUCAAAGCUGGAGCUGUACCGUCGCGUGGAUGCCAGGACAAAGUGCCCGGUGCGCACCUGAUCCCCCACCUCCCCUCGCAAGUUGUCCCCGCGCCCGCUGUUAGCAUACACCAGCAGGCAGCCCUUCCCAUCCUGCUCCGCCUCUGCCUCCGCCUCCUCCCGCCCUAUCAGGAGCCGCAGGGCAUCGGUCAGCAGGAAGUGGAGGGACUUGAACAGGAAGUACUGGCGGUAAACAUUGGCGUCGGGGCCCAUAGAUCUAGCUUCCACGUCAAAGAUCAAAGGGAAGGUGCGGUUGUAUGUGUUUGUGUAGAGGGUCAGCGCUGUGACAUGGAGGUCGGUGAGGUUCGCCACCGUCACAUUGCAGCGUUCAGCUUGCGACCAGGCGGUGGAAAAAGAAGGGCUGGCCUGGCGUUCCCUGGUCAGCAGGUCACCUUCGGUGAUGUUCCCCAUCAUCUCAUCCCUGCACGUCGGGUAGCGGUCGUCCACCGAGCUCAGUUCCGUGUUCAACCGCUCCUCAUCACACCGACACUGGCACUGCUGAGGACAGCUAUACAACAUUACAAUCAUUCUGGCACUACUGAGGACAGCUAUACAGUGUUAGAAGCAUUCUGGCACUACUGAGGACAGCUAUACAGUGUUAGAAUCAUUCUGGCACUGCAGAGGACAGCUAUACAGUGUUAGAAUCCUUCUGCCACUGCAGAGGACAGCUAUACAGUGUUAGAAUCAUUCUGGCACUACUGAGGACAGCUAUACAGUGUUAGAAUCCUUCUGCCACUGCAGAGGACAGCUAUACAGUGUUAGAAUCAUUCUGGCACUGCUGAGGACAGCUAUACAGUGUUAGAAUCAUUCUGGCACUGCUGAGGACAGCUAUACAGUGUUAGAAUCAUUCUGGCACUGCUGAGGACAGCUAUACAGUGUUAGAAUCCUUCUGCCACUGCAGAGGACAGCUAUACAGUGUUAGAAUCAUUCUGGCACUGCAGAGGACAGCUAUACAGUGUUAGAAUCAUUCUGGCACUGCUGAGGACAGCUAUACAGUGUUAGAAUCCUUCUGCCACUGCAGAGGACAGCUAUACAGUGUUAGAAUCAUUCUGGCACUGCAGAGGACAGCUAUACAGUGUUAGAAUCAUUCUGGCACUGCUGAGGACAGCUAUACAGUGUUAGAAUCAUUCUGGCACUGCAGAGGACAGCUAUACAGUGUUAGAAUCAUUCUGGCACUGCUGAGGACAGCUAUUCACUGUUAGCAUAUAUACUGUAUAUGGCUACUUAUAUAAAUAUAAAGCUCUGGCUUCCUGUAAAUUGUAUCACCAAUAUAUUCAAAUAAUAUGUACAACUGGGGUGACAGGUAGUCAAGAGGUCAAUAAGAAUUUGUUCUUAACUGACUUGCCUAGUUAAAUAAAUCAAAUAAAACUGGGGUCCCCCACCUCUGCACUGUUGACUGUAGUGAACAUUGUUGCCAAGAGCAACAGGACUCCUGACAAGUAUUUCAUAGUAAUGCAGGUAGACAGCAAAACAACCUGUUGAUAGAAGUUUGGAAAAUAAUCACUAAUUUCCGAAUACUGGUAUCUUUACAAUGAAACAACAUGACGGAUGAAUGUUGGUUAGUCAGUCAUAACUGCUAGAACCUGAAGUUGAUCAUCUAAUGUGGAGUUGAAACACAAACUAAUGUGUAUAUAAUUCAAUUGACUUUCAAAUGAACUUUAAAACAGAUAAUUGAAAAA